AUGAUCGGUCAAUACACUGGGAAUAAUGAACAGAAUUCAAGCGCCAUCUCCAUCGUUAACGGGCGCGUAUUUACGCCCGGUCUCGCGAUUGUCGCUUCGCCACAGCCCAACACGCCUAUGGGAGGCGACUUCCUCCACAUCGCACUUGACAUCUCUGGUGACGGCGCGCUUCCCUUCCCACCAGCGUCCAAUGUAGAUGCUGCAACACGAUUCCACAGCAUCAAGCUUUUCCUAACCAGCAACGAUCUCUGCAAGAACCUCACUAUCUCGAACGGGACGACGAGCACACCGCCUGUGUCAGACAUCCUCGAUCAAGAGACGGGCUCCACGGUGAAGCACGUGAAUUUCGAAUGGCCACUAUGUCUAGUCGGUGACGGCAAAGAUGUCAAAGAUACGGCUCGUGGAGCCUACAACAUCUCGAUUCAUGAGUCUUUCCGUCUGAACGGGAGCGACUUCUACACGAUCUUCAAUCUACCGAUUAGUGUCACGAACAAGAUUGACGAGUUCCCGGGCGCGCAGCAAUUGCUCACGGAUCCCAAACCGGGACCACUGAGUGCGAACGGUGGUAGGAUGGGCUGCGCUAUGUUGGAAAAUGUUGUACUGGGGCAAGAUGAGCUGUUGGCGAGUGUGAAAAAUCCCGCAAGACAGCCGUAUGGAGCGUCAGGGAAGUUGGAAACUGGAGACACAGGGAAUGGUGAUUCGCAUGGGAGCCAAAGCGGAGCCCUGGGCGCAUGCUCUACGUUGAGAAUUGGGAUAACACGGGCACUCAUACCUGCUGCAUUGCUGAUGCGGUUACUGUGGUAG